AGUUCUGUUGACAGGGGCGGCAGGAGUUGUCAGCGGAACAGCAGCUUCACCGGACCCGAAUGGAGUAAUUUCAAAGCUGUCAUUUCAGACUGCGUCUCUGUUGUUGUUUAGAACUGCACACAGCGUUUAAGAAACGACCAUGGCAGACGACCAGUCUUCUCAGUCCUGGUCAAUCGAUAAGGACGACUAUGAACUCAAUGAGGUGAUAGGGAGUGGAGCCACUGCAGUUGUCCAGGCAGCUUACUGUAAACCAAGAAAGGAGAGGGUGGCCAUCAAGCGCAUUAACCUGGAAAAGUGUCAAACAAGCAUGGAUGAACUCCUGAAAGAGAUUCAGGCUAUGAGCCAGUGCCACCAUCCAAACAUUGUGUCUUAUUAUACCUCCUUUGUGGUGAAGGAUGAACUGUGGCUGGUGAUGAAGCUGCUCAGUGGUGGCUCGGUGUUGGACAUCAUCAAGCAUAUCAUUUCUCGCGGCGAGCACAAGACUGGAGUACUGGAUGAGGCCAGCAUCGCUACCAUCCUGAAAGAAGUCCUGGAGGGGCUGGAAUACCUUCACAAAAAUGGGCAGAUUCAUCGGGACCUGAAGGCUGGAAACAUUCUUCUUGGAGACGAUGGCUCAGUGCAAAUUGCUGACUUUGGUGUGAGUGCCUUUCUAGCCACUGGAGGAGACAUGACAAGGAACAAGGUUCGGAAGACAUUUGUGGGGACUCCAUGUUGGAUGGCCCCAGAGGUCAUGGAACAGGUCCGCGGCUACGACUUCAAAGCAGACAUCUGGAGUUUUGGGAUAACAGCCAUUGAACUGGCCACUGGGGCUGCACCGUAUCACAAAUACCCACCAAUGAAGGUGCUGAUGCUGACUUUGCAGAACGACCCUCCCUGUCUGGAGACGGGAAUCACAGAUAAGGACAUGGUGAAGAAGUACGGCAAAUCCUUCAGGAAGAUGCUCUCUUUGUGUUUACAGAAAGAUCCAGAAAAAAGGCCAACUGCUGCUGAGUUACUGAAGCACAAAUUCUUCACAAAAGCCAAGAAUAAUGAGUAUUUGCAAGAGAGGCUCCUCCAGAAAGGUCCAACAAUGUCAGAUCGUUCUAAAAAGGUGCGUCGUGUGCCUGGUUCGAGCGGCCGACUCCACAAGACAGAAGAUGGCGGGUGGGAGUGGAGCGAUGACGAGCUGGACGAGGAGAGUGAGGAGGGAAAAGCUGCUGUGGCAGCACUGCGGUCACCCAGAGUCAAGGACGGGUCCCAGAACAUAGAGCUCUUCCCCCCAGCAGACAGCUCCACAGGACAUCUGCAGCCGCCUGGUGCAGCACAUGAGAGACCUGCAAAUGUGGCACCGACAGCAGAGGACGCUGCACCUCAAACGGCGAGCCCUUCACAUGCACCUGCUGUUCAGGAUGCUACCGCCUUGUCCAGUAUUCCCAUCAGCCUCGUCCUUAGAUUGAGGAACUCCAAGAAGGAGCUCAAUGACAUCCGGUUUGAGUUCAUGCAGGGCAGAGACUCUGCUGACGGAGUUUCACAGGAGUUGGUCUCAGCUGGGCUGGUUGAUGGGAGGGAUUUAGUCAUUGUUGCUGCCAAUUUGCAAAAGAUUGUUGAUGAUCCUCAAAGUAACAAAAAUGUGACCUUUAAACUGGCAUCUGGUCUGGAGGAGUCUGAGAUUCCUGAUGAUACUAAACUCGUUGGAUUUGCACAGCUCAGCAUCAGUUAAGUCAAGAAGAGUCAGCAACAAAGGACAGAAAGAAAUGGUAUUGCACAGCUGCAUUGUAGUCAACUCCAAGAAACAACUAUUGCCAAAGAAAGAAAAGAGAGGAGGAAGAAGAUGAGGAGACAUGAGGCUGGCAGGAGUGUGACACUACUGCAGGACGCAUGAGGACCAUGUUGAGGGGUUCAGUUCAUCACAGGAAUCACGCUUGAGAUGUUUACAGUGUGCUUAUACAGUAAACAGGAGGAGAGAUGCAAUCAACUAUAUCAGACCCCGAUUUCUUUUUCUUUUAUUCUUCCUCCUCAUCCACAAGCACAAUCCAAACCAUCUCCUGCCAGUACUGGAAACGAUUGCCUUUUUCUUUGUCUUUUAUAAGAUCAGUUGUGCCACAAAACUCAAGAGUGACGUGCCACGUUUACAUGGCACUUUAUGCUACACUGAAAAUGAAAAGUGUAAGUUGAGCCUUAGUUACCAGACUACCCGUGUGGUUGGUGGAAAAAUUAAACCAGUCUGUGAUUAUUAGGUGUUUCCUCUGUACCUCUGUCCCAAAAAUAUCAAAGACUAAUCUUUAGUAUUGUUGCAGAUAUCUAAACACACAGUAGCAUGUUUUUGUGUUGUAAUUCUAUAAAUUCAGCUGCAUAUAAUCCAGAUAUUUACAAGAAAGAAAGAAAUCCAGAUUCCUGUAUAGGGUUGUCCAGAGUAGUGUGAAGAAAUCUAUUCGGCUCGAUUUACAAGUCCCCACUUUGUCGAUUGGCAUUUCCCUGAUUUAGUUUAGACAGGAUUAUUUUCCCUCUCCGAGACCUGCCUAAUACUCUUCUACUAUGCAACUGUACUUCUCAUUUCACCGUAUGUGACCACCGGUUGCUGUUAUUACUUUUGUGUUGCAUUAAACAACGUUUUGUGUGUGCACCUCGAAAGGAAUCUAGGUGUCAACCAGCAAAACAGGCAGAUGCCUGCAGUGUGAAUUUCUUUUCAAAGUUUGGAAACUGAAAAGCUGAUGCUCCAGCAGUGAGACCUGGGUAAUGAUUGCUCCCCCUCUCCCCAGCGUUCCUCUGUAAGAUGAUUUAGCCUUUUUGAUGACUGACCGAACAGCUGGGAAGUAUCCUGAAUGCUGGCGAUAAGUGUCGAGCCUGAGGUGGCUCGUGUAUCAGGCCGACUGCUGGUGAACUUCUGUGGAGGUAUGCAUGCUCAAAACGCUGACAAAUGUUCUUCCAAAGUGAAAUAAUAGCUUAAAGGGGCAUUUAACUGAACUUGCAGUUGAAGUUUUGUCAUUGGCCAUUCAGGCAUUUUUGGUGUUUUGUUUUUUUUUUGUUACAUUCCUGGAUUUUAGCUGUGAUGGAGAUGGAUAUGCAUAGUGGUUGUUGACCUUUAGGUCAGUAACUGAAAAACUUUUGGUUUGAGUGUUGUGAAAUCUGUGCUAUUAUUGGUAGUCGUCUUUAUUUUAACAAUGAAAUAUCUUAACAUGCAUUUUAUUGGCUUAAGAAUUUGAACAGAUAUAAUUUUAGAGGUAAUGAGAUUCAUUGACUUUCUAGUGCCGACAGAUUCGCAUCAAUUUGUUAUUAAAACGUAAAUCGAAAUUUAUGAAUGGAAAUUUCAAACACGUAUUCGGUGUUUAGCGAAAGGCUGAACUAUGAUUUCCUGACUGUUUUUUUUUUUUCCCCUAGAGCCACCACUAACUUUCAGUUUGUUCAGUGGCUAUGCUUCAGCAAAGUUUUGCUUUUGGUUUGUCAGCAUGAAUUAAAAAAAUUUAAGACUCACUUUUUACAAACAAAUCCAAAGCUAUCUGCACAGCCGGAUUCCAUUUAAUGAAAACAUUUAAAACAUUGGUUGAAAUAACCCCCUCCAAUGUCUUCAGCAGCCAGUUUGUGCUUUAGUUUUUCUUUUUGGUCACUAGACAAUGUUUUUUUAAAAGUACUGUAGUCUUUUUUCUUUCUUUCUAAACACACCAACAAAUCACUGUCAUCACUCCCUGGUGUAGCUGUCUGUUUUGUACCAUGUGCAAAGGGCUGCGAUAUAGCUCCUAGUUCAGGUACUGGUGUAAAUGGUAUGUGUAAAGAUGUUGUAAAUGUACAUAAGAUGGCAACUCCAUGCACUGUCACACAAACAUGAGGUUUAUGUGUAACAAUGUAGAUGCAUUGACUGUUUUAAGUGUACAUGUCAGACAAAAGGAUCAUUUCACUUGUAAAUACUAAUCAAGGCAAACAGAUUGACUCAUCUUGCUUGAAACAGCUUUUUUGGUUUGUUUUGUAGUGUUUUCCACUCUUGGCCUUUGUCAGCGUUACUAAUCAUGCACAAAUUAGGAGUUCAAUUGGCGCCUUAUUGAUCUAAAAUACUUAAAAAAAAAAACUGCAUGGGGCUUGUAAUCACACACUCUGCUUUGAUGUCAUGAAGUUUUUCUCACUGAAACCAGUUUCAUUUUUAACCAGACAAAUGGCACAGUUACAUGUUAAUCUGCGUGCGUGUAUGUUUGUGUGUGUGUGCGUGAGAAGGAGAUAAUGUGAUAAGAUGAUUGAUCAAAGACUUUGUGCUGAAAGUCACCCAGAUGUUUUGUAUAGCUUUCUAUUUUAUUGUUUACUCAUAAGAAAAUUCAUUCUUCCUCUAUGAAGUCACCGAGUGAUGGGUGUUAAUUUUGAUUGGCAUAAAUGCAUUUCUAUUAAACAAAUUUCAUAUCAUCACAUGUUUUUAAAUUGUGCUUAAUCAUAAAUUGUCAUAAUUUGAAGCAGAAUAUCUCAUGAGACACAAAGAAGAUUCCUUGGUUGAUGAUCUACGUUGUUCAAUGCAUACAAACUGAUUUUUAGUAUUUGAAUAAAGUCACAUGAAAUUCA